UAGAUCCCUGAAGCGAUGGCGAAGACGAAGAUGAUGGAAUUCUUCUAGAGAGAGAAACAGAGGAGCUCAUUGACGAUCAGAUUGGGUUGCAGAGCAGAGCAGAGGCAGUUUAACUCCGCAUUGUAUGCUCCACUGCGCCGCCACACGCCUUAACACUUCCAAAUUUCUGGCGUCGGCGUUUCCGGCGAGUCAAAGUUUCGGCCUUUACUUGUUUUCAGCUAGGAUUUGGCGUUUGGCGUCGUGAUCAUGGGGCGGUGAGGCCUGUUUGGAAGGCAGGAAAUUUUUGUGGGAUUUUCACGGGAAAGUAGACAGUUGUUUCUGAAGAGAGGAAGAGAAAGCUGCUGGUUUCAGUAAAAAGGGUCCAUGCUUGAAAAUAUCGCUUGCCGUAGCUUUAAAGCUUUCAACUGCAGUUCGCAAUCUAUGUAAACCAUGAAACUUGGGAGAAAAUGAAUGCUAUGGUGUUCAGAUUUCCCUGGCACUGAUAAUUUUGAUGUACUUGCAGAGAGAGAACCAGUGUUUGGUCACUUACCUAUAAGCCACAUGCCUGAUUCGAAUCCUUUUAAUUGUAAUGACAUUACUCUGGACUCCGCGGGAUUACAGUCAACAAGUCAGAAUAGGGAGAAGGAAUCGGAUUAUUAUAUGGACAAAAGUGUUACGGAAUGUGAACUGCCUGAAUUGAUAAUUUGUUACAACGAUAGCAGUUGUAAUACAAUUAAGGACAUCUGUAUUGAUGAGGGAUUGCCUUCCCAAGACAAGAAUUGGGUUGAAACCGGGUUGGAUGAGAAGGCAUGCUGCACCUAUUUACCUCCUGAUGAGGAUCAGAAUAAGCAAAUGCAUGAAGAACAAUUGGAUAUUGUUAUUACCUUUCCAGAUGAUUUUAAAUCUACUGCAAAAAAUGAUUUAGAGAAGGGGUUUUCCAUUGCUUGCAAUUCCAAGGAGCCAAUGGAGAGAGGCGAUGCUAUAAAUGAUGGAUCAGAGAGGACUGCAAUUGACGUUUCCAAAGAAGAUUCUUGCCCGGAAAAUGUGCAAGGGUUUGGUGCAGGGAACCCUCACUCCAAGUCUUCUAAUAAGGACAGCAAUGAAGCCGAACAAGAGACUAUUCAGAUUUCAAGGGAAAUAGCAAAGACUGAGAGCCCUGCUUUGGUUUCAGAAACUGAAGAGUCUAACCAUAUUGAGAAGGAAGCAUUGUUUUCUGCAGCUGAAGAAUCAAAUUGCCUUCUCGGUGAGUUAUCUGGCAAUAGCAAGGCAGAGAGCGGAAACAUUACUUCUGCUUUGGACGUUUCAGCACAUGUAUCCAUUACCACAGAUGUGUGUCCUCAAAAUGGUGUAUGCAAUAUGCCUAUAGAUGAUGAUAGUCAUGAUGAAUGCCAAUUUCAUCAUUGUCUAGCACCUGUGGUUACUGGAAGAGAAGAGUGUCCUGAGAAUGGUGUACAUCUCGAUACUUCAAAUACGUUCAACGUUGGUGGUGACAUUUCUGAUCCAAUGAUUGUUUCAAGCCAAGUUGAACAUCGUUUAGCACCCGUGGUUACUGGAAGAGAGGAGUGUCCUGAGAAUGGUGUCUGUCAACAUCUUGAUGCUUCAAACACGUCCAAGGUUGAUGAUGACAUUUCUGAUUCAAAGAUUGUUUCGAGACAGGUUCAACAUUAUUUAGCUCCUUCGACUAUUGCCAGAGAUGAGUGUCCUCAGAAUGGCGUCUGUCAAGGUCUCGAAACUACAAAUACAACCAAGGUUAAUGAUGACACUUCUGAUUCAAAGAUUGUUUCAAGCCAGGUUCAUCAUUGGUUAUCUCCUGAAACUUCAUAUAUAUCCAUGGUUGAAGAUGUGAAUGCUGAUGCACACAAUGCUCCACUCCAAUUUCAACGCAGUCUAGGAGAGUCAAGUUUCUCAGCAGCUGGUCACUUCUCGAGCCUCAUAACCUCAGGUCCCUAUUCCGGCAAUGUCUCCCUCCGAUCAGAAAGCAGCACCACCAGCACCCGCUCAUUUGCCUUCCCUGUAUUACAGUCCGAGUGGAACAGCAGUCCAGUUAGAAUGGCGAAAGCUGACCGGAGUCAUUUGCGGAAACAUAGGGGUUGGAGGGGUUGUUUUCUUUGCUGUAGCUUCUGAUUCUCUCCGAACGCUUCCAUCUAACCGUAGUUAUUAAGUUUAGCCAGAGUAAAUGCUUCAUCAUAGUUUUAUCACAUCUUUUAAAUUAUCAUCGUCAAUAUAUACAUCAUAUUUUCUGCGGCUUGGGAUGUAAUUUGCAGUAGGUUUAGAGGAGUGUCAUGCUUUUUGUUAUGCGUGCGCUUUAAGGUGUAAGCAAUGACUUAUUAUUUUCUCUUUAAUUUUUCAUCCGUUAUUUUUUUUCCCCCAUUUUCUUUCUCUUUUGGAAAGAACAAGAAGAAUCUUGUUUAUAUUGAGCUUGGGAUGGUUUAUGGGUA